AUGGAAUCUGAAAUUGAGCCGGUGGCGGCGGCGGUGAAAAAAAUGUCGGAACCGUCGAGUUUUUUGAUUGAGGAGAGUUUGGAUUUGCUCAAUAUGAAGUCAUCGAUUAGUCCGAAUGUUCGGCCGGUUAGCCCGGAUUUGUUGGAUCGAUCGGCUAGUCCGAAUUAUGGGCUUGAUUCUCAUGCGUGGGUUGUUUUUCUUCUGGAUGAUUUUGGAGCAUUUUAGGCUUGGGGGCUUUCUUGGGCUUCUGGGGGCUUCUGGAGGCUUCUGCAGACUUCUGAAUUCUCAGAAAGGCUUUCCUGGGCUUCUGGAGGCUUCUGAAUGCUUUUCAAGGCUUCAGUGCGCUUCCAGAGGCUUUAGAAGGCUUGCGAUGACUUUCGAAAAGCUUUUCAGGGUUCAGAAGACUUCAGGAAGCUUCAGGAGACUUCAGGAGGCUCCAGAAGACUUCAGGCUAAAUCAGGCUUCAUAAGGCUUCAAAGCUUUCCCAGACUUCCGAAGGCUUCUGGAGUCUUCUCAAGGCUUCCGAAGGCUUUUCAAAAUUUUUGAGCUUCCAAAUUUCGCUUUCUGACUUACGAUAACCUGUCAUUUUUUGCUCUCAAAGUAAACAUUUCAAGAUUUUUGAUUUUCUGACUAAAUUUUACUUUUUCUGUUCAAAAAGUAAACACUCCAAUUAAAAAAUUGACAUUUCUAGUUUGAUCUUUGAUCUCUGAUCUUUUUUUCAAAUCUGAAUUAUUAUGUAUUUUCUAAAAAUAAAUUUCAUGACGCGAAAAAAAUUCCGCGAACUUUCGCAAUUUUCAUAUUUUGUUGUUGAUGUGUGAAAAUGACAGCGGACCCACUCAAUUUGUGUACUUUUGUCUCUCAAAACAAUCUCUAAUUUUUUUCAUAAUUCAUAAUUAAUCAAAAAAAAGAUUCCAAGGGGAGUUAGCUAAACUCUUGGAAUACACACACACACACACACAAAAAUGUCUUUCAAGUACUUCUUGUGUCGCAAAAAAAAAUUGUGAGGGGGUAAAUAAAACAGUGUGACAGCUAGGCAGGCAGGCAAAAAUAUGGAAAAAAACGAAAAAGAUCACGAUAUAAACAUACAUCAAGUGUGCUCCGAUAAAAGAGCAAGUUUCAAGAAGCGAGAGGCUAGAGAGGCUAGAGAAGCUAGAGAGGCUAGAGAGGCUAGAGAGAGUAGAGAGGUUAGAGAGGCUAGAGAGGCUAGAGAGGUUAGAGAGGUUAGAGAAGCUAGAGAGCCUAGAGAGCCUAGAAAGCCGAGAGAGCCUAGAGAGCCUAGAGAGCAUAGAGAGUUGUGAAAUUCCGAAUUUCUUUCACCAAAUCAAAUUUUAAAAAAAAUGAAAAAAGAUAAUUUUUGGACACAUUUUUCAGUAAAAAAUAUUUAUAUGUAUUCAGGUUCUUGGAAUAUUUGUGAAAAUUUAAAACUAUAUUAUUUUCGAGUUGAAAAUCGAAGUGUUAGAGUUAGGCAAACUUAUUUUGCUUUAGAUGUUUUUCAAAAAAAAUUAAGUUCCAAUAAAAAAUUUUUAGAAAAAUCUUUAAUCGAAAAAUUUUAGGAACCAGAGAAUAUCAGAUUCAAGAGCCAUAAAAAAUCAAUAAAUUGAUUUGAACCAGAAGAAUUUAGAAAUUGAAAAAUCUCAAAAUCAGAUUGAAAAAUCCUCAGAACUUUUCCCCAGAAAAAUCCCAUUUUCCAGUGUCGCCAGAAUCCAAACUCCACGCUUCAAGCGAAUCGAUUUCGAUGAUCGUCUCGAAGAAUUGAAUGACAAAAAACCAGCAUGGAAAUCAUGGCAAGAAAAUGUCAAAGACUCGUAUUACAAAGCCAAGAAGAAUGUGGAGACCAAAAAAGAUGAAAAUGAAUUUUAUGGGAAUUUGGUGUCGGCUAGACAUGGGUCUUUUUCUAAUGAUGAACCCGCUUACAAAAGAUUGAGCUCUGAAACUGGAUUUGUUCCCAGUGUUAGGUUGGUUGUUUUUCUCUAGACUCUCUUAAUUUCACGUUGUCUCUAAUCAAAUUUUUUGAAUUUUUGAGCAUCUGCUCUUUUUGAAAAUCUUCACUGGAAAUCUGAUCCCUAGAAAAUUUUUUUUGAAAAAUCAGAAAUUUCGAACCAAUUUUUCUGGACUACUGUAGCUCAAAAUUUAUUAGAUUUUUUCUUGAAUUAUUACAAAAUUACUGUAGAGGAUUUUGAGAGUACUGUAGCUCGAAAUUUAUCCAAUUUUUGUGCAAAUUUUUCGGGACUACUGUAGCUCAAAAUUCAUUGGAGUUUUGCUUUUUUUCUCAGAAUUACUGUAGAGGAUUUUGGGACUACUGUAGCUCAAAAUUCAUUCAAUUUUUGUGCAAUUUUUUCAGCCCUACUGUAGCUCAAAAAAUUAUCUAAUUUUAUUUUUUUUAGAAUUUGGCGAAUUUCUUUUGAUUCUGAAAAAAUUUUUUCAAUAAACCUUUAAAAAUUCUGAAAUUCCAGAUUCAAAAUCUAGAAUUCUGGCGGCACACUCUUUUUCUCUAACUCUCUCUCUCUCUCUUUCCAAUCUUGAUCUCAUCUCUACAUAUUUUCCAGAUCAAGAAGCAGUCUUUUCUCUCCGUCUCUCGCUGAUAGAUCACAUCUCGCCUCGUCGACAUCAAUCAAUAAUAUGUUCAACUGUAAGACAGGAAGGGACCAUGUUUUUUACAACUUUUAUUUUGUUACAUUUGACUAAUCUGAGCAAUGUUUUUACUUCUUAGGGUACUUAAGGCUUCCAGGGGAAUCUUGGGCCCUUUGGAGGCUUCUCAAAAUCCAAUUUUCAGCCGGAAGUGGACCCUACGCAGCUCCAGCGGUCGGAAUUUCUCAAGGAAUCGAGUCACGUUAUGAGCAAAGAGCCAGCAACGUUGAAUCGAUGCUCCUAAGAACUGCUCCACUCCCACAAUCCUACAAAACUCGAAAAGAGUUUCGAAAAGCUCCAGAACCUGACAAUUAUUCGGAAAAAGAUGACUAUGAUUUUUCGGUGAGUGGGGGUGGUUUUGAAAAUGUCACGGUGAUUCAUGAGAAAAAUAUGAUUUUCAAAUUUCAAAAUUCUAGUCAACAUUUGGAGUUGGAGGCUAUAAAAUGAUGUUAUGCACUUUUAACUUUAAAAAAAUAUCAAAAAAUUGAGUUAUUUUUCUAUGAAAUCAUGCUAUAAUUAUAGUUUACAUGGGUAUCAGAGAAAAAAUAAAUAAAAAUUCUGAAAACAGACUAGAAAAAAAAUGUGUAGUCUGGAAAAAAAAGUCAGUGAAUCUAGAAGCUUCAGAAAAUGCGUCAGCAAAUUUAGAAGCUAGAGAAAAUGUGUCAGUGAAUCUAGAAGCUACUCAAAAUGCGCCAGCAAAUCUAGAAGCUACAGAAAAUGCGUCAGCAAAUCUAGAAGCUACAGAAAAUGGGUCAGCUAGUCUAGAAGCUACCUAAAAUGCGUCAGCAAAUCUAGAAGCUAUGUAUAAAAUGUGUCAGCAAAUCUGGAAGCUACAAAAAAUGCGCUAGCAAAUCUAGAAGCUAUAAAACUUGCGUCAGUGAAUCUAGAAGCUACAAAAAAUGUGUCAGUGAAUCUAGAAGCUACAAAAAAUACGUCAGCAAAUCUAGAAGCUACACAAAAUGUGUCAGUGAAUCUAGAAGCUACAAAAAAUACGUCAGCAAAUCUAGAAGCUACACAAAAUGUGUCAGUGAAUCUAGAAGCUACCAGAAAUGCGUGAGUGAAUCUAGAAGCUACAAAAAAUGUGUCAGUGAAUCUAGAAGCAACAAAAGAACUCAGAGCUGAAAAUCAAUCGAUAAUUCAAUUGAUUUGUUUCCAGCUCUACACCACAGCUCGUCCCUACUAUUCUCGUCCAAAUCGCGAUGAUCCAGACUAUUUCGAUUUCGAUCUUCAACACUCUGUCGAUCUUUUCAAACGUCCAGAAGGCAAGUAUACACCACGGAGACCACAGGAGUGGGAGAAUAAGCUGAUCAGUGAGAGCUCGUCGAAAGGAGCCGCUCCACUUUCGGGACAUAUGUUUACUAGAGUGAGUUUGGGAGAUUUUCAAAGUCUAGAAAAUCUUCUCUGAAAAUCCAGAAAAAUUUUUGAACUUUUAGAAUCUCUUGGAUCUUUUUCUAUAUAAUAUAAAAAUUUCCGAUCAAUAUUUUUGAGCAAAAGUUUGCUCCGAGACACCUGUUAGCCCUCUCAUGUUAAUCUGAACACUGUUGUCAAUCAAAUAAACAUUUUAUUCUUUGCUCCGAGAGCACAAGGGAUCAUUGAAAGCCUAGGAAGCCUAGUAAGCCUUUGGAGGGUCCCAGAAGGCUUUUGAAGGCUCCGGAAGCCUCAAAAACCACCCAGAAAAAUCCGAUUUUUUCGCAGAACGAAGCUGAUUGGCGUAACAACAAUACAUCAUAUUUGAGUGCCGCUUUGAGAACUCCAAAAUUCUGGGAGCAAAGAUUUGAGAGCAUCGGAAAACACGUUCGCGACUCGAAUCCCAUUAGUUUGGAAUCUAUUAACAGGUUUGCAAAAUUUUUUUUAAAGUUGAGAAAUUUUUUUUCGGAUUUUAGACGGAUACAUGAUUUGGCCGAGAUUAGAGCGUAAGAAAAUUAUUUAAAAAAUCCACUUCUCAAAAAUUCAAAAUUAAAAACUGAAAGCAUGUUUCUUGAAAACAUACAUAUGGGAUACUUCUAGAGCAUGAGACCACCCACGAAGAAAAAAUCUACUUCUUUAUUAAACCUAUGAAACUACAUCAAACUAAGACCACCCACGAAGAUAACAAAAAAGCAUGAGACCACCCACGAAUUUUUCAAACAAAAUCGAUAUUUUCAGAAAUCGUCCAGUUCCAACACGUUUUACUGAAUACCGAGAUCCAGAUUUCGACUCGGAUUUGGAUGACUAA